AUGCUACGGAUCGCCAGGUUCGAUCAGAUCGUGAAUGAAGCGGCCAAGUAUCGCCCGAGCCCCGAGUUCCGAGUUCAGUGGUCUACCGAGAGACUGCUAUCGAGCCGGAAGCACGUGGCGGGAGACCCAGAAAACACCAAGGGACUUCCAGAGGAUUCGCUGAAAACGAGUGAGCCCGAGCACUGCGGUUCCCUGACCAUCCGCAUGCCUGCGGGUGCUGUGGGGCAUGGAGGUCUUUACCAUUCGCAGUCGCCCGAGGCCUACUUUACGCACUGCCCUGGCUUGAACGUGGUGGUGCCAAGGGGCCCGCGGCAAGCGAAAGGUUUGCUGCUGGCAGCCGUCCGCAGCCCUGAUCCCACGUUGGUCCUGGAGCCGAAGGUGCUAUACCGCCAAGCGGUGGAGGACGUACCUGUUGAUGACUUCGAGCUGCCAAUUGGCAAGGCUGAGGUGCUGAAAGAGGGCACGGAUGUCACCCUAAUCGGCUGGGGCAACCAGGUGAAUCGGCUGCUCCAAGCUGCUCAGCUGGCGGAGAAGCAGGGAAUCAGCUGCGAGGUGCUUGACUUGCAGUCGCUGGUUCCCUGGGAUGAGGAGACUGUGAUUGCUUCGGUGGAGAAGACUGGUCGUUGUGUCUUAGCGCACGAGGCGCCCAAGACCUGUGGCUUUGGAGCGGAGCUGGCGGCCACGCUGCAAGACAAGUGCUUCUUAAAGUUGGAGGCUUUGGGCAUUGCAAUUGGAGAUCUUGCUGGCACCUGUCCAGAGAGUUUGCGGUUGGGUCUGGCUGCCCGAGGGAGAUGUGCAAAGCUGAAAUUGAUCUGA